UGAUCCUCGUGGAGGUACUACUUCUGCAGGAAGUUCUUUGCGAGCAGCGCUCAAAGCACAAGGCAAAGACGUUGAGCAAAAGUUUGGACGAGAAGAAACAAGUGGUGCUUCAACACGAAGACAUCAUGAUCAAGACAGUGGUUCUGCUUCUUCUUUCUUGGCAGGGCGUAAAGUCUUGUCAAGUUCGGAACUAUUUGAGGAUGUCAAAAGUCCUAAUCUUCAGACAUCUACGUCUAUUUCUACAACGGCUGCGUCUACCUCUUCAACAGCGAAGACGAUGAAAAGAACCCGUGAC